AUGUACUCCCCAACCCAAAAACGAGCAAAAAAACAACUAUCACCACAAAAAAUAAAGGUUGUUUGUCGAGUAAGACCGUUCCUGGCAGAAGAGUUAUAUGAUGAUACUGUAGUUGUGGAGGAAAACAGCAUAAAGAUUACCAAUAAACGAAAGACAAAUGAAAACUUUGUCUAUAGCUUUUACUCGUGUUAUGACAUGAACGCAAGUCAACUUGAGAUAUUCGAGCAUGACGUGAGGCCUUUACUUGAGCCGGUACUUAACGGCAAGAACGCCACUAUCUUCGCGUAUGGGGUGACUGGUUCGGGUAAAACGUACACGAUGCAGGGAGCAGAAACAGAUCCAGGAAUAAUACCAAGAACCAUCCAAACUCUAUUCCAAAUAAAAAGUGAAUUUAAAUACUCGUUAGAAUUGCGUCUUUCGUACAUCGAACUUUAUAAAGAAGUGAUCAAUGACUUAUUGGUGUCUAGGGAAACGGCGCCGAUUGGAGGCCUAAAUAUACGGCAAGGAUCUGAUAAUCAAAUAUAUCUGUCGAAUCUCACCGAGAAAAAAAUCGACACGUAUGGCGAGUUCAAAAAGAUCUUUAGAUGUGCCUGUCGAAACCGUUCCACUGCUGCUACAAAAUUAAACAUCAUGUCGAGUCGUUCUCAUGCUGAUAUGUGUAUAUAUAUUUCCUGUACAAAUAAUGAAACUAGAAAUACCACGUUCAGUAAAUUACAUUUAAUCGAUUUGGCCGGAUCCGAGGAUAAUAGAAGAACCGAAAAUGGUAAAGAACGUAUCGCGGAAAGUAGCGCGAUAAAUAAGAGCCUGCUUGCGCUGAAUCAAGUUGUUGAGGCGUUGAAUCAGGGGUUGUCGAGAAUUCCGUAUCGUGAUUCAAAAUUAACACGAUUGCUGCAGGAUUCUCUAGGCGGUGAAAACAUUAGCAUGAUGAUAAUUAAUAUCUCACCGGGACAGUCAUUCUAUGCUGAUACCACACUAAAAUUCGCGUCGCGUACCAAAGAAAUCGAAAAUAAACCACAUUUAAAUCAUUAUACCUCAAGUACGCGACAACCUUUAAAAGUCAAAUUCGAGAUCCCGUCUCGUCUGGCAAAUGUAAACGAGUAUGAUGAUCAUUUGCCGGAAGCUAAGCGUCAACGUUUCAGUGACCCUACUGACAAGAAAAAAACGAAUUCUGUUUUCGAGCGGAUGGAUAGAUAUAGUUAUGGUGUGAUACCCACGGCAACAACAACAACAUUUUAUCCUUUGAGUAAUUAUAAUAAUUAUUCAACACCAUCAACACCACCACAGAUGAUACCUGAAAUGCCAGAUUUAUCAUUAUCAUCAUCUACAACAUCAUAUGAAUUGCCACCUCCGCCGUUAUCAGAAACAGAGAUGGCAAAAAUAAUACAAGAAAAAAUAGAAACAAAGUUGGACGAGAAAUUGAGUGAAAUUGAAAAUAAACUUAAGUUACAAAUAUUAAGCCCAAUAUUUCGAAAACAGGAUGCGAAACUAAAAAAGCGGAUCGAAUCUCUGGAAUAUAAAAUGGAGUUGCAAAAAGAGUCACGAUUGGCAAAUGUGCUCACGCCAGAGACAAAAACUAAAACAGCGCGGGCGUUGGUUGCACUCGCUAAGGCGCACGAACAGAAGAAUGAGUUGAGAGAGGCGUUGCACAACUACGAAAGUGCAUUUCAGUAUAUUCCCGAUAAUCAGAAACUCGGCAAUAAAAUUGCUACGAUAAAGGAUGUGAUAAGUACUGGCGACGUAUUGAAACUGAAAAAACGAAAAAGGUACGACGAAGUCGAACAACACCAAUUACAACAAAAAGUUUCGGACGAUGACGAAAAAGCAACUCCAUCUGAAGCUGUGCCUGCUUCAUCGUCGAGUCAACCUUCAAUUAACAACUCAAACGUUUCAGCUAAAGAUCAUCAUUCAAGACACUUGGCUGCUGUAGUAAACGACGAAAAAAAGAAACUAACCGAGACAAUGAUUUUGAAUAUUGUUAAUUCUGGUGACUUAAGGGAAAUUUUAAAACUUAAAGGGGUUGGGAAAAAAAGAGCUGACGUCAUCCUGCAGUUUAUUAAUGAUAAUGGUCCUAUAAGUGAGGUAAAGAGUCUCUUUCAUUGA